CAUGAAGGAAUAAGAAUUUAAGAAAUAUAAAUAAAUUUAAAAUAUGGAUAAAGCAGAAGCAGAGACAUUCAAAUAACCUUUGAUGAAUGAAGUUAGUUAAUAAUUCAGCAUAAAAUCAAAAAGAUCGAAAGGAAAGUCAUAAUUAUCUGUUCUGACUGAACAUUCAAAAAUGGACCCACAUUUAUAUGAAAUCCCAGAUCUUACUUAGAUUACUUAGAAAGUACUUUGUCGUUUGAUUGUUGUUUCAGUAGUUUGCAUAAUAUUUUUGGUGGCAGAAGUAAGAUUUAAAAAUUAUGAAAUCAGGUAAUUGGUGGAUUAUGGGCUUAAUCAUUAGCUAUAUUAUCAGAUGCAGCACAUAUGUUUUCAGAUAUGAGUGGAUUUUUCAUUUCAAUAUUUUCAAUUUGGCUUGGAUAAAGACCAGCAUCUUAAAAAAUGUCAUUUGGAUAUCAUAGAGCAGAAGUCAUAGGUGCAUUAGGUAGUAUAAUAUUGAUAUGGGGAUUAACUAUUUUAUUAUUUUAUGAAGCAACAGUUAGAGUAAUAGAAGAAGCCAUAGUAACUGAUCCAUUAAUAAUGUUAAUAACAGCUGGAUUUGGAUUGUUUUGUAAUCUAGUGAUGGCCAAAGUAUUACAUUCUUCUCCUACUGGAGGUCAUGAUCAUGGAAAUAUUAUGCAUUAAUGUAGUGGUCAUCAUCAUGGACAUGAACAUAAUCAUAAUCAUAAUCAUGAUCAUGAUCAUACUCAUACUCAUAGUCAUGAUGAUGAUAAUCAUUCAUAAACUAAAUAAAAAUAAUAAAAGAAAAAGAAAAAGAUCAAUAUUAAAUAAAAAAGAUAAUAAGUUAGUGAAAAUGGAAUAAGCAUGUUAGUUGUUGAAUAAAGUAUUGAAUCUUAAUCAAGUGAUAAGAAUUUAACUAUUAAAGAAGAAAGUGAAAGUUCAUCCUCUUGUUAAAAUAAUCAAUAAUCUAAUCUACCAUCAAAAUAAAAAUAAUAAUAAUCUCGUGAUCAUAAUCAUUCAGAAAAUUGUGGUCAUGAUCAUUAAUAAAUUGAUAUCCCUAAUCAUUUUGAAAAUUAAACUACAACCAAUAAAAAAAAUAAAAAAAAUUCUAAAUAAGAUAGUUCCGAAGAUGAUCAUAGUAGUUGUAAUUCAAAAAAAAAAAAUCAUGAACAUGAACAUGAGCAUGAACACGAACAUGAACAUAAAUCUAAAAAGAAUAAAUUGAAAAGCAAAAAUUUAACAGAAAUUAAUGAACAUGACAAUUAUAAUCUUAAAGCUGCUAUGAUACAUGUUAUUGGAGAUAUUUUAUAAUCAAUUGGAGUCUUGAUUGCAGCCCUCUUAAUUUAUUUUUUUGGACAAUAAAAAGAUGAAAAUAAUCAAAUUGUUUUUACCUAUUGGUAAUAUGCUGAUCCCUUAUGCACUUAUUUAUUCAGCAUUCUUGUUCUAUUUACAACGUUUGGAGUAGCUAAAGAUUGCUUAAGAGUUCUAAUGGAAGGUACACCAUAAAGUAAAUCUAUUUUUUUAUUACCUAGAUUUAAUAAUUGAUGAAUUCAAUGAUUAAUUAAAAGCCAUUCAUAGAGUUAAAGAAGUACAUGAUUUACACAUAUGGUCACUUUCAGUUGGCAAACCAGCUAUGUCAGCACAUAUUGUCUGUAUAGAAAAUCCAGAGUAUGUCUUAAGAAAAGCCACUAAAUUAUGUAGACAAUUUGGAAUCUAUCACUCUACUAUAUAAAUUGAAUUAUAUGACAGGUAAGGAGCAAACGAUUAUAUCAAAUGUAAUCACAAUUUGCAUAAAUGAAACAUC